AUGGCAAAUAUCAGACCGAAAGGAGCGGCUCUUAAAGUUGACCCGAAGGACGUGUCACCAGCUUGGAAAGUAUUAAAAAUGACCUUAAAAGAACAAGCAGAAGAAGCCGAGACUAAGAAUAACCGCCUUCGAGAAGAAGCUGACGUCCAUACCCAUGGUACUACUCUCUUCUUUUUGAAAGAAGGAAAAAUCGUUUUUGACAAGUACGUGAAACCAAAAGAGCGAGUCACUGAUUUUCGAACGAGUGUCAGUGGAAUUCGGCCAACGCAUAUUGCAAACGGAUCACCAUUCGACGUCGUUCAAAGGGAAGUGGCUAAGAUUCUUAAGGAUCGGAUUGUCGUGCUCAACCUUCAUCAUAAUCGUAAAUUGACUCGUGACACUGCUAAAUGUGCCCUGCUACGAAAAAUGGCCAACUGUAACGGAGUACCAUCUCUGAAGAAACUCGCAAGCACCGUCCUUGGUGUUGAGAUCCAACAGGGAGAGCACGACUCUGUUGUUGAUGCUCGUGUAGCUUUGAGACUGUAUUUGACAGUGAAGAAGAAGUGGGAAAGUGAUAUUAAGCGAUUCAGAUACUGA